AUGAAUGAAGUCUUCCCAAUAUCAUGUAUUUCGUGUCGUCGGAAGAAAAUCAAAUGUAACAAAGUUAGACCUUGUAAUCAGUGUGAGAAGAGACUGAUUUGUUGUAAUUUUCCAAGCACAUUUCGUAAUAUAAAGAUUAAUGAAGAUGAGUUGGAUAAUCUGGCUUGGAGUGGGCAUAGUGGGCAUUCGAGUUCAAAUGUCAGUGUCGAAAAUAGUAACUCAGAAUCCGAUUACAUGAGUAAUCAGCUGGUAAACUCACGUUCGAGGAAAUUACUGACGCUAGUUGAAGAAGUUGAUUAUUUACAGACAGAAAAGAGUUCUAUUUCAGAAGAGCAUAAUAAAUUGAAGAAAAAAUACCAGCUGUUACUCACCCAGUUAAAUAAGUACCGUCGUUCUAGUAAUAGUAAUGAUAAGUCGCAGGAGUCGUUUAAGCUGAAGGAACCUAUUCCUGUAAGCGGAGAAACGUCCGAAUUGGGAGAUAAAUAUUACGGACCACAGUCUUCGAAUUAUAUGAUUGAGAAUCUCGAUAAAGAAGUGAGCAACGAUAAUGAUGAAAAAAAGGAUAUUAAAGAUGAGGGAAUGGGACUUAAGUCCAGAAAACCGAGUUCGAAUGACCUGUUACAAAUAAAUGAAUCAUUUUCUAGCCAAGCCAAUCAAGACUUGAUCAAAAAAUCAUUAUUGAAGAAACCAUUGCCAUAUUUAUUAGGCCUCGACGCUAUUAUUGGACCAAGAAAGCAUUCUAAUACAAAACUUGAAGAAUUAAACUUCAAGAUAAUAUGUAACUUGGUGGAUUUUUUUUUCAGCUAUCAUCCGGUUUAUAAGACAUUUAUCUCUAAGCAACAAAUAGUUGACUUUCUAAACAAUUAUGAUGACAUGAAUGACAAUGAAUGGGAGAAUGAUGAUGAUCUAUUAUUACUUAUAAUGAUUUUAUUGCUACUGAUCCAAAGACUUACCCCUAAAGAGUUCAUUGAUAUUAAUUUAUUGGACAAUGUUGAAUCUCAGACUACUAAAUUUAAACAAGUUAAAGAUCGCUUGACUGAUAUUUUGUACCAUAAGUUUGAAAAGAUAAGACACAACUUAAUCAAUGAAGCUAUCGCUACAAUUCAAUCAUAUAUAUUAUGUACAGAAUGGCACUUUAUUGAACAAAGAUAUGAAGAAAGUUGGUCAAUGAUGUUUCAUACAUGCUCGAUAUCGUAUUCUAUUGGGUUACAUGUGAUGGGUAAGUUUAGUUUAUUAGAUGAACAACCUCUGAAAGAGAAAGCCGAAGACAUAACGCGUUACAAAGUUUGGUUCGCAUUGAAGAAUAUUAGUGGCCAAAUAUGUUCUGUGUUGGGUAGACCAAACCCUAUUUCCAUACACGUCAAUUCGCAGAUAUUAAAUGUCUCUGAUCCUGGUCAUUCUAAACAGGAUUUAACAAAGUGUCAAAUGUUAAUUGCUCUUAAAAUCGGACUAAGCGAAUGUCUUAAGCUUUCAAAUAUGAUGUUGAUUGAAAACUUUAUGACAGAUUUUACUAUUAGAGAUUUAUUAGAAUUGGACACAAAAUUUAAAGAGGAAAUUGACCUUAUGAAAUGGUUUAUAAAUGAUAAGCUAUAUGACAAUGAUAAUUUAGUUGAUGAUCGAAAUAUAGACUCGAUGGAUGAUGAUUCCAAAUAUAUGAAAAAUGAAGAACUAACAUUUAUAGUGGACAAGACAAACUUGUUAGUUGAUUUGAUUACUUUCUACAUAAACAGAGCUAAGUUAUUUCAGCCGUUCAUUGUUGAGUUUGAGGAUCCGAAGGACACUAUUAUGGUUGUUAGAUUGUUACAUGACUCCAUCAACAAGUAUUUGGAUUGCACGAUUUAUUUCAUAAAUUCAUUCUUGAAGCAAUUUGGUCACAAAUAUAAAGACAAUGAAUUUGAACAUUUGAAAAAACCUAAUUUUGGAAAAUUAUUAAGAGUAUAUUUCCCAUUCUUAAAUUCAUUUAUUUAUCAAGGUAUGCUAGUUUUAUUCACAUUUUUGCAUUACAAAUUCAAGGACUUUGUUGAAUAUGAUGAAUCUGCAAAUAGUGAAGAUAUUAAUUAUUCUGAGUUCUUGAACAAAUUAUUUGAAAGUUUGAAUAUUUUGAUGAAACUUGAGUCUAAUUUUGCGAAAAUGGCAAAUUACAAUAAUAAGCUUUGGUCUUCAAAUAUAACUCAUUUGAUUCGUAUGAACCUUGAGCACAUUGGAAAGAUACGCCAUAAACGAAGUAUGAAGAUUGAACACGAUCGCCAGAAAUUUGAGAGUGAUCUAGAUGAAUUGCAAAGUCAAAUCAACUUGGGCCACAAUCCUGAAUCCGACUUUCACGGCUUUAACCUACGUGAUCCGUUCUGGAUAACAAAUCCUGAUAAUUUGCCUUAUCACCUCAGUUCCCCUAGUGAUGAUGAAAACCCACAGAUAUCUAGUUUUAAAGAAAAGGAUUCCAGAAAUGGUGGUCCUGACUCCAAUGAAUCGGCUUUAUCAAACAAUCCUGAACAGCCAAAACAUCCUCAGCCACUAUAUGCUUCACAAGUAGCUCCUAAUAUGCUUGUUGAUGACUUCAACUUGCCGGCAGACGCACCUUUUAACGACAUUUGGAGUAACGACUCUUCGUACCCAUCCAAAUCAACUUCAACUCUGUCUCAACCUCCCCAACUGAAUGUAUCUUCGGUACAGCAGCAGCCCCCCACUAUGUCUGAUUCCUAUCAUUUCCUUGAUAUGCGACAGCAGUCCUUAAACUUUUCGCAUCUGCCAAACUUAUCAGGUAAUUCUGGUCAAACAUUGAACGAUACCAUUUAUCCCACACAACUGCAAAGCUUUUCUAACGAUGAUUCCCAAGAGAAGAAAUUAGGUAUUGAUGAAAGUGAAGAAUUUAAUCCGGACGCAUUCUAA